CUCCACUCCACCUCCCCACGAAAGCGGGUGUGGCGCACGUUGUUGCACUCGAGCUCCGCUCAUGGCAAGCAAAAGGGCCAUAAGGGCCAUUGGCCCUGAGGCUAGCCAUCGCUUGCUCCCAGAGAGGAGAAGUCCGAGCCCGACGCGGCGGCGCCUCACGCAGCGGGUGGCGCCAGGUGCAGCGCGGGGGCCCUCUUGGGGCAUGCUGUUUGCUUGGGGCCCUCCAUGGGCUCCCGUGAUGACGGCCUCGCUCAGCCACCCCCCGUUCUGCGCGGCGCCAGGCGGAAGCGACCCGCCGCGCCCUACGCCGGCGAGCCACCCGAGGCAGGGUGGUACGACCGGGCCCCGGACCUGAACGCGGCGCGCGGCGCCGACGACGGCUUCACCGGCACAACAGGCUCCGAGGCCUCCGCGGUGGCGGCGUCUCCGCGGCACCGCUGCGCGCGGAGCGCCAGCGCCGCCGCGCCCGCCCACUUCGUCGGCUCGUCCGCGGGCCCGCCGUCGGGCUCCGCGGCGUCGGCGGGUGCGGCGCUGCUGCCCGCGGCAGGGGGCGCCGCCUGAGGCGCGGGCCGCGGCCGCGGCCAGAAGGCGGCGAGCUCCUCGUCGGUGAUCGGGGGGCGUGAUCGCACGCCGCCCUCGUUUAAGGCGCUGAGGGAGAAGCGCUGCGCCGGGCGCGGAGGCAUCACGGGUUGCAUCACGGGGCGGGCGGGGGGCUCCUCAAGCGAGGUCGCGGCCUGGUCGCCGCUGAAAAGACGGGCCGUGUGGCGCGCCUCCGCCAUCGCGGGGAACUGCACGCAAGCGGUCCAGUGCGGCGGAUGGCUGGGAUCGUGUACGCAGGGCACUGCCGGCCGAGCCAAACCGCUUGGAAGCUGCAACGGGAGAGCCUUGAGCCACAUUGGUUGCGGAAGAAGCCGACAUGAAGGUGACAGUCUUGGGGCUGCGCCCUCAAAGGCUGAGAGAAUCCAGAGCUUGGCGUGGACACGAAACGAUGCC